AUGCCGGUCGAUUGUUUCGGACGAGCAGCUAACCAACCAACCACCCCGGACCCCGCAUCUAUCUUUUAUUGCUCAGCGGAAUGCGCAGGACAAUUCGACCUGCCCGUUCUGGGUGGCGUGGAUGUCGUAGAGUAUUGGAGCUUGCCCCUUGCAGCAGAAGCAGUCUUGGGGAGUCCCAACCUGAUGUCGGUGUUCGGAAACUACCGGUUCUUCUUUUCGUCGGUCGAAAACCUCCGGGUGUUUGAGGCAAGAGGCUUUUCACUUCGUUCAGCAGGGGAGAAAAUAUGGCAGCGCAUCGCGAAUGAGCCAGUUUGGACGUCCACUACCCUAGGGCCGUUUGGGAAUCCCUCGAAAUGGGGAAUAUAUGGCGGCCGCCUACACAUCUUCCGAAGUUCCAUGCCGAAGGAAGAGUUCGAGCAGGAUAUUCCGGGCAACCUCGAUCGGGGCAAUGCCGUGUGGGAACGGUGGUUCGGGGGUAUGGAAGAGAGCCUUGCGGUGCCUCCGAUCAACACGGCCUGUUUCUGCAACGACCGUAUUUGUGACGACCAGUAGAGCUACAGCAGUAGUUGCGAAGGAGUUUAAUUGGUGCGCUGCUUCGAUUUCGGAGGCCGAAGCCG